AUGGUGGCAGAAAAAGAGACCCUGAGCUUAAACAAAUGCCCAGACAAGAUGCCGAAGAGGACCAAGCUGCUGGCACAAUUGCCGCUCCCGGUGCACCAGCCUCACUCCCUGGUUUCUGAGGGCUUCACAGUCAAAGCCAUGAUGAAAAACUCAGUCGUGAGAGGCCCUCCAGCUGCAGGAGCAUUUAAAGAAAGACCAACCAAGCCCACGGCAUUUCGAAAAUUUUAUGAACGAGGAGACUUCCCAAUUGCCCUUGAGCAUGACUCGAAAGGAAACAAAAUAGCAUGGAAGGUAGAAAUUGAGAAGCUGGAUUACCAUCAUUAUCUGCCUCUGUUUUUUGAUGGGCUCUGUGAAAUGACAUUUCCCUACGAGUUUUUUGCUCGGCAAGGAAUCCACGACAUGCUGGAACACGGGGGGAACAAGAUUCUUCCUGUCAUUCCACAGCUCAUUAUCCCGAUAAAAAAUGCCUUGAACCUUCGAAACCGACAGGUCAUCUGCGUCACCCUUAAAGUCCUCCAGCAUCUGGUUGUGUCAGCUGAGAUGGUGGGUGAAGCUUUGGUGCCCUAUUACCGGCAAAUCCUCCCCAUCCUGAACAUCUUUAAGAAUAUGAAUGUGAACUCGGGAGACGGCAUCGACUACAGCCAGCAGAAGAGGGAGAACAUCGGCGACCUGAUCCAGGAGACGCUGGAAGCGUUGGAGCGCUACGGCGGGGAGGACGCGUUCAUCAACAUCAAGUACAUGGUCCCCACCUACGAGUCGUGCGUGCUCAACUAGC